AUGGCCACCGACGAGCUGGCGACCAAGCUGAGCCGCCGCCUGCAAGUGGAGGCGCACAAUGGGCGGCCGCCGCCCGACGAGCCCGCCGCCGCCGGAGAGCCGGAGCCCGACGCCGACGCCGACGCCGGAGAGCCGGCCCUGGGCAGCGGCGCCGACGGCGAGCUGAGCGCCAAGCUGCAGCGGCGCUCCGAGCUCAACGACCCGGGGUCGGCGGCCGCCUCCCCGCACCAGUCGCCGGGAGGCGGCCACCGCGUCUUCAGCCCCUACACCGAGUUCCGCGAGUUCUCCCGGCGCCAGAUCAAGGACAUGGAGCGCCUCUUCCGACAGUACGACGCUGGAAAGGAUGGUUACAUUGACCUGAUGGAGUUGAAACUGAUGAUGGAGAAACUCGGGGCUCCCCAAACCCACCUUGGAUUGAAAAACAUGAUCAAGGAGGUGGACGAAGACCUUGAUAGCAAACUCUCCUUCCGGGAGUUUCUUCUGAUCUUCCGCAAAUCCGCCGCGGGCGAGUUGGAAGAGGACAGCGGCCUGCACGCCUUAGCCCGCCUGUCAGAGAUCGACGUCUCAACAGAGGGAGUCAAAGGAGCCAAAAGCUUUUUCGAGGCCAAAGUACAAGCCAUGAACGUCACGAGUCGCUUCGAAGAGGAGAUCAAGGCGGAGCAGGAGGAGAAGCGGCGGCAAGCGGAGGAGAUGAAGCAGAGGAAGGCGGCCUUUAAAGAGCUCCAGUCGGCGUUCAAGCAGUGACCGGGCCAGACAGAGCGGUGCUGGGGGGAACAGCGUCCUCCAACGACCCGGAAGCAAUCUCCCGUUCCUCGGGGCAGGGGGGUGCCCUGGGAGGUUCCCAACUGUUGACCUGCGCCUUGAACGUCCGCUCGGCCUGCAGUGCUCUGAAGCAAGUCCCCUUUUCUGCGGAUCGAGCGGCCGUUGAAGGCGCAAGGCCGUUGGAGGCAACCCUGCACGUUUUGCGUAUGGACCAAUGCGGGAAAGGAUCACGUUUGCAUCUGGAGCCGUUCAGGCUUCUGGCUGUGCAAUCAACCCCUUUGCGUUGCGCUGUUUCUCCCUGACCUGCGAAAUACCUCAGGUGAAAAUCCAGAGGGUACCCGUGUCCGUGUCGGCCCGUUCCGUGUUUUCCCCCCUGUGAAUGGUGUCUCUUGUCUGUCUGGUGGGAGUUUUGUGACCACUGGGUGUGUCCUGAGCCUGGGCUUUGUGCAUUCGACUCGUGAAUCAUUUCCUGUCCCUGCCGGUGUGUAGUGAUCGCUGUGGUCAUGUGGGGGCGGCACACGGUGUGCACAGGAGCGUCGAAGGGACCCCGGCUUGUGCGAAAUGGCAGCUUUUGCGUUUGCAAUCUGUUCCCACGAGGAAUGCUUUUAACGGAUCACUUUAGAUGUCCUUUGCGUGACGCUUUGCCAAAAAAAUUGGGGUGGGGGAGAUGUGCAGCUACUGGUGGUAGCAUGCUGGGUGGACUUGAAGUCAAGAAAGCUGCCUCCUCUUCUUGACCUGUCCUCUUGUUUUCCUUGACCGACCUUGGUAGCGGCUGCUGAACUGUCUCACGUUUCUGAGGACAGGGGUCCCCAAACACCGUGAGUCCCUGGGAAUAUUUGCCAUUUUGAAAGAGUGUCAUGGGCGCUUUCACAAAAUGGCUGCUGCGGGGGGCUUGUCCAUGCCUAAAAAUGGCUGCCGUGUUCUGGGAACACUCGUUUUCCAGAAUACAAGGUAGAAGUGGGAUUUGAGUCCAAAACACAAAACCAUUCUGUUGAACCCAAAUAAAGAUGGCGGCAUGCUAGACUCCCAGUUAAAAAUGUUAUAGAACGUGUUGGAAAAUACAAUUUAAAACAAGAGGAGACGGCACUAAGAGCGGUGUCUGUAGGUAUACUGCGGGCACAACGUUAGAGAUCCAGGCCUAGAUGUCUUGUGCAAAUUCCACCCCACUCCAUGGCACCAUCAAAGGUGUCCUGAGCUGUUUCUCUUCCUGGCAUGAAUUAAUUCCCCCACUGUCCCUGCAUCUGGUUGUAGGCUGCCAGGAGAAGACAGCAUGGGGCACUGGAGUCAUUCUCCGCUAGGGUGAAUGACUAGAGCAGUACAACCAUCCUUGGUUGCAAAUGGUUGUGGUUCUUCUAGGGAUGUCCAUCGCUGGGAAAUCUAGUUAUUUUUUAACUCAAAACUUCCAUGUUGUGUAAGACUCGCUUUGCAUCCACAAGCCAAGCUGCAGGCUGUUCCCCGAAUUCUAGGAACCUUUUUACAGUUUUUUUUUUUUUUUUGAGUGGUCAAAUUUGCACAAAUUUCUGAGCAAGUUGUGCAAAUUAUAGCCAAAUUUACGCAAACGUCUGAGCAAGUUGUCAAGUGUCUGAGCACUUUGUGCAAAUUGCGGCUGGAUUUGUGCAAAAUUCUGGGCCGUUCGUGCACAUGAUAGCUGAAUUUACACAAAUGUCUGAGCAAUUUGUGCAAAUUACAACGCAAUUUGUGCAAUUUACGCACAUUCAGCCAUAAUUUGCACAAAUUGUAGAACCUUCUAAAAAGAAAAAUGGAUCAAAUUCCCAGAACGCUUGUAAACUGGUCUGACUCGCUGCCAAUCGAGUCAUGUGCCAUAGUGGGAACUGAUUUGAAUUCCAGGGGUGGGGGUGAAUUUAGGAAAACCUGUCGAACUCCACCCUACAAACGGAUUUUUCCCACAACCCUAGUUUGUUCUCAUUUGGCCACAGGGUGUUGUGUUUGCUCCCCCUAGAGGACAGGAGUGGGCACUGCGUAUCCUCCUCAAGGUCUCGCCAUUUCACUCCCUUGCACAAGUGAAGAAUCCUAUAGGAUGCAUAUUUCCAACAUCUGUGGACAUGAAUUCCAUGUGUUCAACUUUUAUUGAGCAAGGAAGAGGCAGUUACAGCUGGCAAAGUACCACGGUUCAGACGUCUUGCCUAAGAACUGUGAAAGGAGGGUGGGGCGUCCCAAGGAUUUUUCCGAUUAGCCCAGAGUACUCGGAAUUCUGUUUCCCAAGGCAGCUAUCUAUAAUGUCACCUUUUCCCUCGGUACUUGACCAAUUCAUAAAAUCAUAGAAUAGCAGAGUUGGAAGAUGCCUCUAAGGCCAUCAAGUCCAACCCCCUGCUCAAUGCAGGAAUCCACCUCAAAGGUCUUCUGACAGGUGGCUGUCCAGCUGCCUCUUGAAGGCCUCUAGUGUGGGAGAGCCCAUGACCUCCCUAGGUCAUUAGUUCCAUUGUUGUACUGCUCUAACCAUCAGGAAGUUUUUCCUGAUGUCCAGGCAGAAUUUGGCUUCCUGUAGCUUGAGCCCAUGAUUCCGUGUCCUGCACUCUGGGAGGAUCGAGAAGAGAUCCUGGCCCACCUCUGUGUAACAACCUUUCAAGUCCUUACGAACGCUACCAAGUCUCCCCUCAAUCUUCUUUUUCCAAAGUAAAAAUGCUCUAGCUUCAAUAGCUUCAUCACACGUUGCAUCUACUUGAUGAUGUGAAUCCCCCGGGUGCCUGCAAACCUCUGUGCAAGCAAGGAGGACUUGUCUUCUAAGUGGCCAGCUUCAAUUUCUAAUACUCCGUCCCUGCUGUUAAGUUUACCUCUGUGCAUUUGCCAUUUUAAUGAGACCAAUUGGGUAAAAGGAGAUGGUCUAGUGUAUGUAUUUGGUGGCAGAGUGGUCACCCCUCUUUUUUGGUGGGGGGCACCUUGUCGGAACAGAAUUAACUCUCAGGGGCUGUUCACAUAACAUGGUUACUCAGCUCAGUGGUUGAAUGCGGAUUGUUGCAGAACCAUGGGUUGUUUGUUGAACAGUGGGUUAGCGUGUUGUCUGAACCCAGGACAUUUUCCGCACAGUCCAUGGGUUCCCAGUGUGGCUCGUUCGAGAAAAAUGAGCCACACUGCACAGUAAACAGGGCCACUCUGCGGAAAACGUCCUGGAUUCAGACAAAACGUUAAUUCCAACAAACAACUCACAGUUCAACAACAACCCACACCCGACCACCGAGGGUGGGUUAGCGUGUUGUGUGAACCCAAGUCUCAGCAAAUUUGACGUUGAACAGUGUGGGUGGGGGCAUCUUAAUGAAAGCCCCCCCAUCCUGGAAGAUGAAGUGGGGUCAAAAGGUAUUGUAGGUUAGUUUGGGAUAUCACCUGAGCAGCAUAAUGUAUAGUGUGUAUGUGAGUGUGUGUGUGUUUAUAUCAAGGCAAUAACCCCAAGUGCUGGAGUUGUGGACCAUUAAGAUGGAAACGAUAAAGCUGAUUGUGGAAAAUGGAAAGUGCUUAUUUUGCACCUAUGUAUUUUGAGCAAAUCCACCCAAAUCUAGAACCAUGUGGGUGAAAGUUCCAGAAUAAUGCUUGUAGUUCUUUUAACAUUCCAUCUGUGUUGAAUGUUCAGGCUGGGAGACCACCCUUAAGUGCUUUUAAAUGUUUAUCUGGAUUUUUAUUUUUCGUGCAUGCACUGUGAACUUGAAAGAAAGGGACAACCCCGAAUUCUCUCGUUCUGGUUUUGUCCCAGAAAACCUCAAAUGUGUUUGACAGAGGGGAGAUCACUCCAUAUUUUCUUCUUUUCUCAAAGUCGCGCUCACAAAAGAAACCGAUAGAACGAGUGUUGCCAACUUUAAAAGAUCCUCCUGUUCAAAGGUACCAAUGAUUUUAACAGCAACUGUGGGGGGUGGGAGUUUUGUCAAGGGUGCCUUUCUGACCCCUUUAGUGCCCCCUAAACUUUCAAGAAGUGGGGUGUACAAAGUGAGAAUUAUCCUUGUAACCUGCAGUCAUUUGCAGUAUCUCAGUCAGUUGUGUAUCUCAACGCUUUGAAUGCUUUCAUCUACUCAUUUUGUUUGGAGGGGGGGAAACAUGUUCAAGGCACAUGAGCAGCUUGGGUCACCUUUUUUUAGAUAAGUUGGCAACCUUAAAUAGCGCUGUUUUUGUUUUUUUUUAAAAAAAAAAACUGUGAGACCACAGCAGUGCAUGCUUUUAGCCUUCCUGAAAAAUUGUGCUGUGGGAGUUGUAGUCCAGUACAUCUGGAAAGUGCCAAGUUGGGGAAGGGCUGCUUAAUGGAAAAACUGAGCAUUAAAAGCCAGAGACUUCCUUCUGUUUUGUUACGUGUUGCCACCUUGCUUUAUUCAAAAAGGCUCCUCUCCCUCUCUUUUCCCACUUACUACGUUCAUUUUUCCUCUUUCUUCUUUGGAGACUUCUAAUUGUUCACUUACUUCUCCUGCUAAUAAUGUAUUUUUUGGUCACAGAUUUUUAAAGGCCCAUUGAUUGAUCUUCAGAGAUUCAGUUUAUUUUUUCAUAUUGCAUCCUUGGGUGCUUGGGGCGGGGGGGGCGGGGGAUGCCGGAACGAGGAGGGGCUUGGGAAAGCAUUAUAUGAAAUCUCUCCUUCCAUUCUUCUACAGCAGCCUUCCUCAACCUGGGGCGCUCCAGAUGUGUUGAACUACAACUCCCAGAAUGCCCCAGCCAGCUCUGCAUUCUGGGAGAUGCAGUCCAGCACAUCUGGAGCGCCCCAGGUUGAGGAAGGCUGUUCUACAGCUUUGUUCCCAAAAUGUUUAUGGAUGGAUUUAAAAUGUAUGUUGUUGUUGUUUUGCUUUCAAUUCCAAAAAGCUGCUCCACGGUAUGAUUUUAUUUUUUUUAACCAAAAAUAAUUAAAACAAAAUUAUAUUUCAUAAGCA